AUGGGAUAACUAUUUUUUUCUACCUCAAAAAGUUAAAAACAAUAGAAUGUAGUUCUUUAAAAAUAAUUUAAAGAAAUUACUGACUCUAGCCAACCAUGUGUUUUUAUUUCAACCCAUAGGCCAUAGCAAUCUUAAGGAGAAACUAAUCACUAGGAUUUUUCAUGUUCGUUAAUUAGUUAAGAAAUAGAUUUACAAAUUGAUAAAGAGGUAUGCUAAAAUAAUUAAAUUGUUUCUUUCUUUUAAUCUGCUGAACAAAUUUAAGUUGAUGCUAGCGGAAGAUUAGUUAGAAGCCAAUAAAAUUUAAAUCAAAUUUAUUAAUGCUAUUAUUGUAAUAAACAAAUUGAAGAAAUACUUAUUCAAGUGUAUUGUAAGCAUAAUUAUCAUCAUGAAUGUUUUGUAAACUUCAUAGAACAGUAAUUGCUUUAAACAGACAGACAUGAUAUUAAAUGUAAAUGUGGAACUAAAUUGAAUCCUAAUCUUUUAAGAUAAAUAGUUAACGAAGAAGUUAGAUCAAAAUUCUUAUAUAAAAUUUUCUCUUCUUAAAUUUAAAUAAUUUUGAGUAAUUCAGCCAUUAGAAAAAAACCUGAUUAUGAUUAAAUUGUUCAAAUCUUUCAAUCAAAUAAAAUUUAAUAGGAUUUUGAUUAUUUAUAAUCUGGCAACCUUCAUAAAUAAUUGUAACUUUAAAUAUAAGAAAUGUAAUUUAAAUCAAAUGGAAUUUUAUAUUAAUGUGAAUAACAAUUAUUAAGUAUUAGCGUAUGUUAAGUAUGUUAAAAGUAAAUUGAUAAUAAUUUAGUAAAAGUAAAUUGUAAUCAUUUUUAUCAUGAUAACUGCUUUAAGGAAUGGAUAGAAUCUUAAAUUAUGGAUAGGACUAGACAUAUUGUAAAAUGUAAAUGUGGAAGCAAAUUAAGCACAAACAUUAUAAGAACAAUCCCCAAUCUGCCUAAACGAAUGAAACUGCUAAACCAACUUUAUUCUACAUAGUUAACAUAGAUUUUGAAAUAAUUAAAGAGAAAAGAUGAUUUCAUUUAGAUUAUGGAUAUAUUUCAUAAAUAUUAGAAUACAGAGGACUAAGAUUAUAUAUCCUUUAGUGGUUUUAUGUAUUAGAGCCAUUCUUCUACACCAGGAGGAGAAUGA